AUGCCUUCUUCCGCUCCCAUCGAACUCGACGCUCUCGUAAUUGGAGGUGGGUUCUGCGGCACCUAUCAACUCAAACGACUCCGCGACGAAGGAUAUAAUGUCAAACUCGUCGACAAUGCAUCCACGUGGGGUGGCGUCUGGUAUUGGAAUCGCUACCCUGGGGCCCGUGUCGACAGCACGAUCCCACAUUACGAGUUUUCAGACCCAGACCUCUGGAAAGAAUGGCGAUGGACGCAAAGAUUUCCUGGGAGCCAAGAGAUCAGAGACUACUUCCAAUUUGGCAACAAGAAGUGGGACAUUAUGACUGAUACUGGGAAAAUAUAUCGAGUCGCCUACCUACUUCUCAACACAGGCAUCUCAGCAAAACGGUAUAUCCCAGACUGGCCCGGCAAGGACAAGUUCAAAGGAACCUUUCUUCAUCCUUCAUAUUGGCCCAAGGAAGACCCAGACCUAUCCACGAAAACAGUCGCCGUUAUCGGCACUGGAGCGACCGGAAUACAACUCAGCCAAGAAAUUGGCAAGAGGGCGAAGGAGUUUGUACUUUUCCAGAGGACGCCGAAUACAUGUUUGCCCAUGGGACAAGUCGAAUAUACUGGCAAUGAACAACCAUUUCCACAAAACGAAUAUCCUGACUUCUUCGUCAAUCGAUCAGAGACAUUCAGUGGUUUCACCUUCAGCUUCCUGCCCAAGAAGACCUUCGAUGACACCCCCGAAGAGAGACAGAAAGUGUACGAAUCCCUCUGGAGAGAAGGCGACUUCCAUUUUUGGCUGGCCACAUACUCUGACAUGCUCUUUGACGAGACAGCAAACAAAGAAGCCUACAAGUUCUGGAAGAGCAAAGUGCGUGCACGUCUUCAUGAUGCAAGAUUGCAAGAACUCUUCGCCCCGGAUGAGCAACUGCACGCUUUCGGCUGCAAACGCGUCUCCUUGGAGAAUGGCUUCUACGAGACAUUCAACAGGCCGAAUGUGACACUGGUUGAUACGAAGAUUGAGCCUAUUGUCGAGUUGACUGAAACAGGCAUCAAGCCCUCCGAAAGAGAGUAUGAGUUCGACUAUAUCAUUUGCGCCACUGGCUACGAUGCCAUCAGCGGAGGUCUCAAGAACAUCAACAUUCGCGGCAUCGAUGGUCAGACCCUGACUAAGAAGUGGAAGAACGGCAUCAAAACCUAUCUGGGCAUGUGCUGUGCUGGCUUCCCAAACAUGUUCUUCACCUACGGACCUCAAGCGCCGACUGCUCUCUGCAAUGGACCCACCUGUGCUGAGAUUCAAGGAGAUUGGGUUGUCCAGAUGAUGAACGAUAUGAAGCAAGAAGGAAACACGAAGAUUGAAACAGUAGAGGAGGUUGAAGAUAAAUGGGCAGCCGAUGUCUGGACAUAUGCAAAUGCGACAUUGCUACCCAGGACAAAAUCGUGGUAUAUGGGCGACAAUAUCCCAGGAAAGCCUCGAGAACCCUUGAUAUACAUGGGUGGCACGGACAAAUAUCAUCGCAUCAUCAAGGAGACUGCUCAACAGGGAUAUACUGGUUUCAUCAGGUCGUGA